GUGGCCGAGCUUUUCCUAGUUCUUUGGAGCUCGGCUGGAUAUGGUUGCAAGUUAGGCAGAACGAACCGUCAAUCGCAGCGCCCAAUACGUUCUGUGCCGUCGUGCGAGCAGCAGGUGAAUCGCGUGGAUGAUCGAACAGCAGUAGCAGCCAGCAGCAGCAUCUUUCGUGGUUUAUUGCUGCUUCUCUUUGCCCUCCCAUGAGCGAUGUGCCUUUAGGUGAAUGCGGUGCGAAACUUCGAUCCGGUGACAAUCCUACGAGAGUAAAUUUGCGUAAUAAGUGCUGUGAUAACAACAUGUGAUGUCACCGUGAUCAUUUCAACCAACGCAGUGCACGCGCGCAGUUUCAAAGGGAUAGAGCUCCCUUUCCCAUCCAGUGCGUCCAGUAAACGAGAAAAUUGUUCGAAAGCAACGCUGCUUCCCGUUAGUCCAAUAGACGAUUAGCAGCAACAUUAAUUAACCGCAGAAAUUUAGAGAUGAAUUCAAACAUCUUGCUUACCCUGUUGCUCCUCACGAUGGUCCGGGCUGCCUCGAAGUACUACGAUGGACCGAUCCGACCGUACGAGUUCGGUUUCAACAUAGAGGGCCACCAGCAUCGGAAAGAAUCGAAAGAUAAAAAUGGCAUCAUUAUGGGCGAGUUUGGGUUCAUUACGGCGGACAACGUGUACCACGUGACCGUGUACGCCACGGAUGAGGAUGGUAACUUCAAGAUAGUCAGCAUGAAGAACUACAAACUGGGGCCAACGAUGCCAACCGCGUCGCCACCAUCAGCGGCACCGACGAGACCAACGACAAAGGCUGUGCCAACCGCGACGAGCACCUCGACAACACCGCAACCCUUCCGGAUCAUCACUACGGUCAAAACGGUGGAACCGCUAACGACACCGAAGCCUUCAAACAUUGCGUCCUGCUCGGGAUGUAAAAUUCCGACGCCACCACGAACCACCACCACCACCACCGAGGCACCGCUACCGGAAACCAGCACCCAGUACGUGCCACCGUUCAAGAUCGUCAAUAAGAAUGACCUAGAGGCGGAUGGAAAGCCAACAACCACCACCACGACGAUGAUGGCGAUCACGACAACGACGCCUCAGUCUUCGGGAUCUUCAAAGGAAGUUCCUCAAAAGUUAAUCGAAAAGGCGCCACCAACAAUGACGACGACGACUAAGGAGCGUCCUGGUUCCGGUGCAUCAAAGGUAACCAACAACAAUCGCAACAACAACAGCAACAACGAACCGACGAAGGAACGCGAUGAAACCCGUAAAGGUAUGCAACGACCGGCGUCGGGCGCUAACCGAGUGAACGAAGAAACACCGCAACUUAACGAAGGAUCGCGACCCGCCGCGAAGGAUGGUGAUCCGGUGAUGAAACUGGUUGAGCUGCACACGGCCAACAUGAUCCAGCACAUCCUGAAUGGGUUGUUGUAUCGGUUCAAUUAUACGGCGGGUUAUCACGGGCAUCACGAGCAGGGCGAUCGACAGGGUAACAAGGAGGGUGGUUACUUUGCCGUCGGUCGGGAUGGAAUACGCCGCGGUGUUAGCUACAAGGCGAACGAAUUCGGUUUCCAGCCGCACGUAAAGUUCGAGAAGGUUAGCCCAGAGGAAACGCCUCGCGAGGAGACGGAGAAGCAGGCCGGCUUGAAAGGAUUCGAUUUCAAGUGGUUCUAUGGAUCGUAAAACGGAAGCAGUGUGAAGCGGUUGAUCAUCUGCAACCUACAAGUCCUGCCACUGCCACUGCCAGCCAAACAACCAACCAACCAACCAUUCGUUCGUACCAUCGCAAGGGCACUACUUUAAAUACUCAUCAACAGAUACGUCGAAGAUACGCCGUUGGCUCAUAUUCCGAUCCUCGGUCAGCUGCGCUACGAAGCGCGACAAUCAUUGAUCCUAGAUUCUAAUGCGGUUAGCAGCGCGGUGCUUCUUGAAAAACUAAAUGUAAAACAUUCGAUUGUAACAA